UAUUAUCAUGCAUAAAAUUGUAAUAGGAGUAUUAUUUUAUUUAUUAUGUGUAAACGUUUCAAAAGCCCUAGAGUGCUACACCUGUUAUCACCCAUUGGAUACAAAUAAUACGUGCUACCAUGUGCAAGACAUAGACAACGAGACAUGCAAAACUGGCUUAAACAAGUGCAUAAAAUUGAGACGUGCAAACUACAUAACUUCCAGAUCUUGUAGUUUACCUUGCACGGAGUUCAUCAAGACAAAACGACAAUUUAGGUGUUAUGAAUGCGAUUAUGACCUCUGCAAUUCAGUAGGAACGAGAGGCUUUUCCUGGCUUAUGCUGUUGGCUCUUAAUUUUGUGACACUGGCAAAGGAGAAAUUGAAGGACUUGGUUUAAAAGAUACAUAUGUUUCAUCUUGCUAAAUUGAGUGAUGCUUUUAAGAUUUUAGUUUUUCUGUAACUUUAUGUAUACUAUUUUUUAGUGUAUACUAAUUUUCUUGUGUAUAAAUAAGUCACAAGUGUUGCAAGUGCAACAAUAAAGAUUACCAUUACGUGAGCUGGUACGUAAUGGUAAUGUAAAACCUCUACCUAAUUCGUGCAAAGUGACUUUCGUUUCAGAUAACAUACAGUAGUCAGAACUUGCCAAGUACCUUGCGAUGAGAUAAUGAGGUUUACUGAAACCAUCGAGUGCUGAGUGUGAUCAAGAUCUCUGCAACUCGGUGGGAAUGAGAGGUUUUCCUGGCUUUGUAUUCGUGAUAAUUAACUUUUU